GAUGACCAGCCCCUGACGACAGCUGUGCUCGCGCAAUGUUUUUGUGACUUUCGCAGUCUGUGCCCGGUACCAUGGCGUCUGGCGAGGAGGACGGAACUGUUGAGGAGAAAGAAACCAACAACAAGAAGCGGACUAAAGGCGCCAUCGUAACGGCAUGGCUCACGUUCUAUAAUAUCGCCAUGACAGCCGGGUGGCUUGUACUGACUGUUGCCAUGGUUAAGUAUUACCUUCAGAAAGGCACCCAUAAAGGCUUAUACAGAAAUAUAGCAAGGACACUCAAAUUUUUCCAGACAUUUGCACUGCUGGAGGUCGGCCACUGUGCUAUUGGAAUUGUGCGGACAUCUGUAAUUGUGACUGGGGUCCAAGUGUGUUCUCGGAUAUUCAUGGUUUGGUUUAUUACAAACAGCAUCAGACAGAUUCAGAACGAGGAGAGUGUGAUCUUGUUUGUAGUGGUAUGGACAGUUACAGAGAUCACUCGCUACUCUUUCUACACUUUCAACCUGCUCAACCAUCUGCCAUACUUCAUCAAGUGGGCCAGGUAUAACAUGUUUAUUGUCAUGUACCCACUGGGAGUAGUUGGUGAACUGCUGACUAUACAUGCUGCCUUACCAUAUGUUCGAAGAUCGGGCAUGUACUCCCUAAGGCUCCCCAACAAAUACAACGUGUCCUUUGACUAUUACUACUUCUUGAUCAUUGUCAUGCUGUCCUACAUCCCGUUGUUUCCUCAGCUCUACUUCCACAUGCUACGUCAAAGGAGGAGGGUACUUCAUGGAGAGAUCAUAGUAGAGAAAGACGAGUAGAAUGAAAUCUACAAUUGUUUUAAAAAAACACAGGUAGCCAUUAUUUUAUGAGAAAACUUUCUAAAUAACUUUAUGGUCAAAAUAAAAAGCUAAAAACAUUAAAUAUAUAAUAAUUUCUACAGAUAUUAGAUUACAUAUUUUUUAGCAAAGCCUGUUUUUAAGGUCCACCACAUUUUUUAGUUUAAUUAAAGAAAACUAUGUCUACAUCGUCAAAGAACUUUGAACCAAAGUACAAGGACACCUUAGUGUUAUCGGUAAUCAACUCGACUGACAAAAUACACUGCAUUUUUUAACAAUAUUUUAUCUCCCAGAUAUUCAAAAAGCACUGUGCUUCAAAUAAACAAUAUAAUUGCAUUAAUAUACAUCUUACGUGGGUUAAUCUGCUCUGUAUUUGUGAUGGUAUUGUCAUAAUAAUUUGUCAUGUUAUUAUGUUUAACAUGUUAGAUGAAAAAUCUUAAGUGUGUGAUCUUUACUAGUUAUUCGUAAGAAUGUUUUGAUUUCAGCAUAAAACUGUACUCUAACCAAGUGCAACAUGAUAUAGCAACAAGUGGUCAAAGCUCAUACAUGUUAGUUUGUUUCCAAACCAACUGAGACUGUGAAAACAAAACAUUUUGUCAAUUGUUUAGCUAAUAUUUUUGUGACGCCACUCUGACAUAUCAUUAGUCCAAAAACUCACUCACAUAAUUUAGUGUUAACUUUGUCCAAACAUGCAGCAGUUUUGGAUUUAGUUUGGAUAAACAAUGAUGUUGUUGCUUUGUUUAGGAUAUAUUUGUUACACUUCAGUGUGCACUAUGAUUUUUUUCUGCUGCUUUUGUGUUUACAAUCCAACUAGAGUAUAAAAGGUUGUAAAAGUCUGUACAGAUUAGUUCUCUAGAAAACAUUUAGCACAUGUUAGGUUAAUCCAAGACUAGUGUGAUGCUAGAAAAACCUCAUCAUUUGACUUUCAGACUUUGUGUUGUUGUUGUUGUUAUUUAUUUGUCUUUUGUUUGUUUUUUAAGAAACUUGAGUUCACAUGCUCUCUUUUUUUGAGUUGAUUCCCUCUCUACGGUGCUACAUUAUUUUAUUCUUCUGUGCAGCUGAGAAGAGAAAGAUUUGUCAUCAUUAGAGAAUUCAAAGUUACAUUGUAAUUUAAUUCAACACCUGGUAAUUGUACUGAAUGAAUAAAGGUCUUUAAGAAUAAAAAGAACAAUAAAAAGAACUGGCAAUAUUUACUCAGGCAUUAGUAUUGCUCACAUUGGUAAAUGUUUGUAGUGUAUGCACCUUCUAAAAAUAUAGAAGUUUUGUUAAGUUCAUCAUACUGAGAUUAUUAUAAUCGAGUAUAUGGCAUAAACACUUUUAGAUAGUAAUUGUCAAUUUCCUGUAAUCUGAGAUAUUGCUUUUGUACACAAACUUAAAUUGUUUUGUCAAAAUGCAAUUCAAAAGUCUUGUCAAAAUGCAAUUAAACUCUAAAUGCACAAUUUGACAUUUAAAAUGCAGAAUUGCAAUAAAACCACCUGUAAAGCUGCAUUUGCACCAUUUCCCCUGUAAUAACAAUACCUUUAUAAAUGCGGCUGAAUGUGUCUUAAAAUUUAAAUAAACACCAAAAGGCAUAUGUUA